CUGAGUGCUGUCUGUGUAGCUGCGCAGCUCAGGUGUGUCUCCUUAAUCACUAUGAUCUCAUAUAACAAUUGCUUCCUCCCCGAAACACGGUUUACUUGGAAAUGCCUCAAAAUCGCCGAAGAGUCGUGUCUUGCACGACGUGUCGCCGUCUCAAGACACGUUGCGAAAAUACCUUGCGAGCUUCCCCACGAUGUACAUCGCGUCACCAAGACCUCUAUAGGGCUUGAGGAUACCGCCACCAGCAGUUCACCUCGGCUUGUUCAAGCAUGUAAUUGCGAAGAAAGGCUUAUGGCCCUCGAGUCUGAACUGGCAGAGUUGCGCUUGGCUGUUCGCGAGCUUAGCCAAACUGCGACCUCUCGCGCACUACAACCUACAUCAAGUAAUCAAGAUGCCACUACAUCAGUACCAGUGAUUGCUGAAGUCUCUCGGGGGAGAACUGAGGAUCAAAGAGUUGCAACUUGUCUUGAUCCACCAGUUGCUCCAGUUCGUGUCAUUCGGAAGAUGUACACCUGGAUCAAUGGCAACCCUGAAACUCCAAAGGACGUCGUCGAGCUAUCUGAGCCAAUCAAGGCUCAAUUAGCUUCAAAUGGGCUGGGCUUGCGUCUGAUUGAAACAUCCAGGAAGAACAUAUCUCGACUGCACUUUAUACAAGGAACCAUCGACAAAACCUUGAGUGGAGAGUAUAAUCUACUCUCUGUCACCUGCAUGCUUGCAGGGAUGCAAACUCAUUUCUCCAUCAUCAGCAAGGACCUUCACAUGUCGCUUUACGGCAUACUUAAAUCUGGACUGGAAAAGCUCGCACUCGAGUCUCCGCUGAGUCUGCCGUCCCUCUACGCGAUGCUUCUGACAUGUAUUCUCAAUCUGAGUCUCGGCUACUCUGAUAGUUUUAUCGACGCGUGGCUCUUGAGCGGCUCACUCAUCCUUCACCUUAUCCUCUCGUUGGACUUCCCCGUUCAACAGCAAACGCCCUUGUCAUUACGCUACACCGAGGACGAUAGAAACCGGAUACUGACGUGGAAUGCUGCAUGUCUUCAGCAUCUCAAAUUUACUAUCGGUGUAGGGAAGCUGUCUGCUGUGCGAAUGGACCUGGCGGCACAUUACAUCGACGUAGUCAAGCACUCAGACAGUUUCAACGAGUUAGACAAAGAAAUUGUUGCCGAACUUGAGCUUUUCAUAUUACUAUAUCGAGGCAUUCUUGAGGAGCAUAUCUCAGCAGAGCAACUUCAAAGCAACCUCUCACAGUGGCAUACCGCUAAUACAAAACUGUUAAACUUGGAUGAGAGUCUGGAGCUCAAGUUCGCCAUUUCGACAUUCAGCUUGCUUACCCACAGAUGGGAACUAUCCCAAUUACGGCAAGCAGACAUCGAAAACGCUCGUGAGAACGCCGUGUAUGAUCAGCAAAUUGAGCCCAUUCUGAAACACAGUCACCAAAUUAUACGAAUCUCAAGGGAGAUGACGAGGCAGAAGAGGGUCAUUCACACCUUUGACUUUCUCAUGGGUGCUUAUGCACACGUCACGCUAGUCGAGUUUGCGGACCAUCUCGAGGACAUUGAUAAGACGUUUCGUCUAAUGGAGGAAGUACAGAAUCUGCGAAAGGAUACCUAUGUUGUUGAACCAGUCUCUAUCUGGGCUAUGAACAUGAUGAGGAAACGGCUUCUCGAUACGGUGCGACCAGAGAUGGACGUGCAGACAGAGAUGUUGCCUGGUCUGGAUGUUUGGUGGCCGCCUUUUGAAACUUUGAGUACUAGGAUGGAGUAUACAUCAACAGAAGUAAGCGAGCGGGAUCAAUAG